CACCAUCUUACACCAUUACCUUUACGAAAACAAAGGCCAGUGCCCCCAAAAAAUAAGAGAGUCACAGCAAUGGCGCUCUCUGUUCUCUCCACCAAUUUGGUCCCUAAAACUUGCUCUACAAAGCCCGACCCAUGUGGAACAAGGGUUCGAGUGUCGGGUCAGAGAAACCCAUGUUCCGUUUCUUUCAGAUUCAGUAUGUACCAUAGCAGGUUGAGCUCAACUAGGUUGAAUGCAGCUGGGUUUUCAGAGAUAGAGCCUGACCUCAAUGAAGAUCCUAUAGACCGGUGGAGAACUAAUGGAGUUGAACCGGAAGAUUUUGAAUAUGGCAAGUGGGAUGAGCAUCACACCUACCAUGAGGGUGAUGAUAAAGGAACAUUUUGGGGAUCAAUUGCGGAAGAUUAUGCAGCAGCUGGACCUCCUACCGGUUUCCAGGGCAUAAUCUCAUGGUUAUUCCUUCCAGCAAUUGCCAUUGGGAUGUACUUCAAUGUUCCGGGGGAGUACUUAUACAUUGGAGCAGCUGUGUAUGCGGCAAUAUUUUGCAUAAUUGAGAUGGACAAACCAAGUGAACCCCACAACUUCGAGCCCGAGAUAUACAAUAUGGAGAGGGGAGCUCGCGAUAAGUUGAUUUCCGACUACAACACCAUGGACAUAUGGGAUUUUAAUGAAAAGUAUGGCGAUCUCUGGGAUUUCACUGUUAAGCAGGAUGACAUAAUAAAGAGAUGAUUUUCAUCAAAAGCAUUGAAAUUUAUUCACAUACCAACUUGGAUACUGAAAGGAUAAAGAGAUGUUCCGUUCAGAGGUUUGCAAAUAGAAGCGUUGGACAAGGCUAUGGUGACUUGAGGAGAUUUGGUGGAAUUUCUCCCAAUUCUAAACAAAAAACAGAGUGCAAGAAGACCAAUUAUUGCAUUUAAAGAGAUUCAUCAUGGCUCACCUGUGUUGUAAAGUUUUAAAAUUAUUGUGUUUACCUCUGAAAGUCUGAAUACUAUAGGAGGUAUAUAUCUGAUUGAUCCUUAAUUGUGUAUUGCAAAAAAUGCAACUUAGUGUAUGUUUGUACAAGACUCUUGUCACUGUAGGAGCUGAAGGGAGUUAGAUAUUCUGUAGAAAAAGACUACAUGAAAUGUAAAAAAAGAUUUGGAUUCCUUCUUGGUGACUUAAUUGGUCUUUGCAAGUG